AUGUCCGGAGAAGAAGAAGAAGUAGUCAACGAGAUGCUGGAGGAAGGUAAGGAAAGCUUUGAGAGCAUCUGCUGUGUUUUUGGAAGCAAAAAUGUCACUUUCAAGCUUCUGUUGCAAGACGUAGCUGACCUUAUUAUGUCUGCUCAGAGGAAGAAACCCAGCCAGAGGAAGAAGUUCCAGCUGUGGAUGAAGAUAGAUGACUCCAAACCCAAACCAAAGGCAUUUGCUCCACCUCUAGCCGUGCCAAAGAUAGCAGAGGGAGAAAAAGUCGACUUUGAUGACAUCCACAGGAAGCGUCAGGAGAAGGAUCUGUCCGAGAUGCAGUCUCUGAUCGAGGCCCACUUCAUUCAGAGGAAGAAGGACGAGGAGGAGCUCAUCGCUCUCGUUAACAGGAUCGAGAAGCGGCGUACUGAGAGGGCUGAGCAGCAGAGGAUCCGUGCUGAGCAGGAGAAGGAGAGGCAGACUCGUGUUGCUGAAGAAAAGGAGAGGAAGGAGCAGGAGGAAGCACGUAAGAAGCACGAUGAAGAUGCCAAGAAAAAGAAGGCUCUGACAAACAUGACUCAGCAGUAUGGUGGCGUCCAACAGAGGGACGGAAGGAAGGGAGCGAAGAAGCAGACGGAAAGAGAGAAGAAAAAGAAGAUCUUGGCCGACAGGAAGAAACCUCUUAACAUCGAGCAUCUCACUGAGGACAAAGUGAAGGAGAAGGCCAAUGAGCUGUGGCAGUGGCUGAUGACGCUGGAGGCUGAGAAGUUUGACCUCAGCGAGAAACUGAAGAGACAGAAAUAUGAUAUCAAUCUCCUUCAGACCCGCGUUCAGAACCAGCAGAGCGCCAAAGGAAGAGGCAAGGCCAAGGGCAGGGUGAGAUAGACGUAAACACCAGCAGGAGUUCUCCAAGGAAUCAUCUGAAAAUGUGCAGCAGCAUUGAUUACAUCGACGUGCACUUAAACAAUAAAACUUUUGUGUCU